AUGGCGACCACCGUAGAUAAGAUCAAGGAUAUUGAGGCCGAGGCGACCAGUUUUCAUCUCGGUCAAUUGAAGGCGAAGCUAGCGAAGUUGAAGCGCGAACUUCUCACCCCAACAAGCAGCGGCGGUGGAGGGGGAUCUGGAUUCGAUGUUGCAAGAACUGGUGUGGCCAGCGUGGGGUUCAUUGGGUUCCCUUCUGUGGGCAAAAGUACUCUUAUGAGUAGACUCACUGGACAACAUUCCGAAGCAGCGGCAUACGAGUUUACAACUUUGACAACGGUUCCAGGCCAGGUUCUUGUCAACGGGGCGAAGAUACAAAUGCUUGAUUUGCCAGGUAUUAUUCAGGGAGCGAAGGAUGGUAAAGGAAGAGGUCGCCAGGUCAUUGCUGUCGCGAAAACGUGCCAUUUAAUAUUCAUUGUUCUUGACGUCAACAAGCCUCUCACCGAUAAAAAGGUCAUAGAGGCAGAGUUAGAAGGUUUUGGUAUUCGAAUCAACAAAUCACCACCAAAUAUCGUGUUUAAGAAAAAAGACAAAGGAGGAAUCAGCAUCACCAAUACGGUACCCCUUACACAUAUUGACCACGACGAAAUCAAGGCUGUUAUGGGCGAAUACAAGAUAUCAUCAGCAGAUAUCGCGAUCCGGUGCGAUGCUACUAUUGAUGAUCUCAUCGAUAUUUUGGAGGCAAAGAGCAGAAGUUACAUUCCGGUUAUAUACGCGCUUAACAAGAUCGAUGCGAUAUCAAUCGAGGAGCUCGAUCUGCUUUACCGAAUCCCUAAUGCAUGUCCGAUUUCUUCUGAGCAUGGAUGGAACAUUGAUGAGUUACUUGAACAGAUGUGGGAGAAAUUGAAUCUUGUGAGAGUUUACACAAAGCCCAAAGGGAAACUUCCCGAUUAUACAUCGCCGGUUGUGUUACGAUCCACGAAAUGCACUGUAGAAGAUUUUUGUAAUGCUAUCCACAAAACCAUAGUGGAUGAUUUUCGACAAGCGGUUGUCUAUGGAAAGUCUGUCAAACAUCAACCACAACGUGUUGGGUUAAGUCAUGAGCUUGCAGACGAAGACAUCAUUACCAUCAUCAAGCGAUAG